AGGAAGAAGAAAAACAAAACAAACCCGAGAGAGAACUGUAGCAGCGUGUGGACUCCAUUGAAAAGACGGCCUUUUUAUCUUCAACAGAGCAACACACACAAGAUCCGACACCUAGCCAGAUGUAUGCGUGGACGUCCUAAAACCUUUCCGGCUGCAUUCACGACAUCUUGUCCUUUAACAGUAAUUUACUGUGCUAAUCCAACAACCUCAGACUUCUGGGACUGGAGAGAAGGCCCCAGAGAUCCCUCCAGCUAAAGCUCUUAGCUUUUCCUGGCAAUGCCUCAGCCCAGCAUCAUUGGGAUGGAGCCUCCCUUUGCUGACGCCUUUCAAAACUACUCUUUUGCUGACCAGGCCCUCACCAGCACCGACCUGCUCGCCACCAGCUCUGACCCAGAUUUCAUGUAUGAACCGGACAGAGACGUUACCCACCGGCAGAGCCCCUUGAGCGACAGCUCCGGAGGAGGGGGCGAUGGAGGAAAGGAUGUGGAGGGCUGCGUGGACCAGCUCAUGGGUCUGAGCGAGACUGAGACGGUCCACAGCAGCUCAGCGUUUGAACAGUGGGACUCCUACUGGGAAGACCUCACCAGAUACACACGGCUGGCCAGCUGUGAGAUCUGGGGCACCAAAGAGGUGGAUUUCCUUGGAUUGGAUGAUUUCUCUAGUCCCUACCAGGAUGAGGAUGUGAUUGGUCAAACCCCGACCCUGGCUCAGCUCAACAGCGAGGAUUCGCAACCUGUGUGUGAGGCGCUCUACCCUCCUACUGAUAUGAAUUGCCCUCCACUUCCCGGUCAUAGUAAGAGACCUCUGAUCCCCGGUCAAGGAUUUGGCCCCGGCUCUGCAAGGCCCUCACCCAGCUCCACUUCCCGUCCUUCCCGCAGCUUUCUCCCAGACUUUCCUGAAACCUUCCAAAAAGCCACCAGACCUGUCCCCUCCAGCACCGAGACUAUGGCCAAGACCCAGACCCUCCUCAGCCUCACCCAGGAUUAUGGCCAAUCUCAAACUAAGCCCCAGGGCAGAGGAACCAAGAUGGCAGCCCCGAUCGACUUUGUGCGGAAGGCUAAAGUCCGUGUGAGUGCUGGGCUUAAAACUCAGCCCGACAUACCCUCCCAGACCAACUUGGAGAGGUCAGAUCGCCUUCCUCCUCUCCCCCACCCCGGAGACAGGAAUGCUGGCACUUCAGCGAGCGCCACCUUGGUGGUAAUUCCUGCUACUGCAGACAGUGGCUCUGGCAGCCAAAUGAACUAUGAGAGAGCUGCAGAGGGGGGAGGGAAGAAGGAGCUUCCUCUAGAUUGGUCUGCCAGCGUACCUUCCCUGGUCGAAGCGAGUCUGGCCCUGGAGAGCAGCACCGCCGAGCGCGCCAGCAGCAGCGAAGGUGUGGCAGGAGCUAGUGGCGGUGCCCUGGAUAAAGAGGCCUCUGAGAAGAGCAAGGAAGAAGAGCACAACUACUCUCUGUUCCUCACCCGCUGCAGACUGGCCAGCAGAAGCCAGUCCCUGCCCGAAGAGGAGGAGGAGGAAGAGGAGGAGGAAGAGGAGGAAGAGGCGGAGGAGGAGGAAGGCGAUGGCCUUGAGAUGGAUGACGAAGACCACGAUGAAGGUUUUGGCAGCGAGCACGGGCUUUCUGAGAUGGAGGAGGACGACGACGAGGAGGAAGAUGAAGACUACGAAGCGGACAAGGACGAAGACAUGAGCGAUGCCUUCUCCGAGCCAGGCUGUGACAUGGAGCUGAUGGACGACAUUAAAGGCCUGACAACGGGAGUCACCACCCGGAAGAGAGGCAAGCGUCGCUACUUCUGGGAGUACAGCGAGCAGCUCACCCCCUCCAAACAGGAACGCAUGCUCAAGCCAUCUGAGUGGGACAGACACACGCUGCCUAGCAACCUGUACCAGAAGAAUGGGCCUCUCCAUGGAAAGUACAUGCUGAAGAAGUCUCGCCGCACAGACGUGGAAGACCUGACUCCCAAUCCACGCAAGCUGCUGCAGAUCGGCACCGAGCUCCGCAAACUGAACAAGGUGAUCAGCGACUUGACCCCCGUAAGCGAGUUGCCACUGACCGCACGCCCACGGUCUCGCAAGGAGAAGAACAAGCUGGCAUCCAGAGCUUGUCGUCUGAAGAAGAAGGCUCAGUAUGAAGCAAACAAAGUGAAGCUCUGGGGACUCGGCACAGAAUACGAUCGGCUCCUGUUUGUGAUCAAUGCCAUCAAGGAGGAGAUAGUUGCCCGAGUGGAGGACUCUACUCCGCGUCCGACCAACAUGGCCGACACUCUGGAGCAUCUCAUCAAAGAGACACUCGUGGCAUCACCUGUUGCUGGGCAGACUUCAGACUUCGUCAACAAGAUCUUGGAGACCACAGGACGCGGCGAUCCCACCGGAGGGCUGUUCGGUCUGCGAGUCCCAACCUCCAAAAUCUAAAUGCACUGCAGUCCACUGAGAGACGCGUGCUAAAUAUUACCACCGUGCUGUCCCAUUGUAACUAUGCUCCCCUCUGCAUGCCCCUCCAGCCCAAAGUACAUACACAUUGUUAGUCACACAAACACACAUACCACUCCCUGUGUGUAUGUAUGUGUGUUUGCUUCAGCCAUGCACCUGUAUGGCAUACACCCUAGCUUACUGUCUCUGCACACUGCGCGAGUCAGUGCGUCACUGUCUCCCAACCCAUUGUGAGUGUCUGUUGGGAUAAGCGCCUCUAAAAGCAAGUGAUGGUCAGAUGUAUAUCUAAUAGCACGUCCUGAAUCCACUGGUGAUUAUUAGAUGUGAUGUGCAUAGUGUUUUGUAGGGUCCGUUUCAUUGGAGGUCUGCUUUCAGGGCUGACAGGGAGACAGUCACACGAGUGUAACCACUGGAAUACUUUUGCAAAAUCCGUUUCAGGUUGUAAUGACAAGAAGAAGAAUGGUUUCACGUCAGACACCAUCAAAAGUUGGGAAAAAUUCCAGUUAUCAUUUCCUCUAAGAGGGUCACCUUACAUGGCAACAAAUAUUAACUCCAGGAUAAAAUAAGGAUUAAAUUGACCCGAUCAUUAAAGCACUUCGAUAAAAACAGCUUUGGUUGCCGACAAAGCUGCAGAGAGAAAAAGUUGUGUGCUCCGAGGCUUUUUCGGGAUGGCAGGAAAUAUUUUGUAUUGAAGGCCUAAAUACGUUCAUGCCAUCCCCUGUUUGCCAAUCAGGCCUGCUGUUGUUAAAAUGUAGGAGUUAACUUUAAGCAACAUAAAGCUCAAAACAAAAAAACCUGAAGCCUAAAGAAUUUCAAAUUAGAGGCUUUAUAGCUUAUUUUGACUUCGACAACUUAAACAACAGGAGGUAGUCGAUCAUAUUCAGAGGAAGUUCAUGUAGUUUGGUGCUUUUUGGCCUUGUGCUGGUUAUAACUGGACUGGGUAAAACGGGCAUUUUGCCAGAACGGGAGCAGAUGGUGAGGAUGAUGAUGAUGAUAGUGAGGGUGAGGGUGAAAUAGUCCAUCUUCUCUAGGGAACUGUACAUAAUAGCGUCUCCCAGUGAAUAACGGAACAGGCUCCCCUUUUUGUACCGUAGAGAUGACCAGACUAACAGUUUGGUGUCUUCAUACUAGUGUUUGAUCAGAGUUCUAUUCAUUGUGCCUUGUGUAUGUGUGUGUUUCUGUAGUCUGAGUGAGUGUGUGUGAGCGGGACUGAACGAGAAGAGAUGAUUGGUCAGAACUCCCUGAGGUCCAGCCAAGGAGGGGACUACUUUACACUGAGGGAGAUUGUUUGUGAAUGCGAGGAGGGGUUUUUCAGUCGUCUAAAGGUUUUCUGAAUGUACAUAAAACAAGAGGAAGCUCUCGUUGCGUCAUGCCACAGAGUCUGUGUGUGUAUAUAAGAGAGCUCUGCAAUGGAUUACUUUUGGUUUUUGGUACUCUGUCUUUAGGGAUGGGGCUGGGGGGAGGGGUUAACACAUUUUUUGUUUAGAGUUACAGAAAAAUAUUUGCACACUAUAUUUUGAUUGUUUUUUGUACCAAAGACACAUGCAACGAAAUGGCGACCAGCCAGUUAAAGUAAGGUUUUGCACAGCUUACCUGACGCCGUAUUGAAUGUAAGAAAUGUGGGAGGGUCAGGGAACUUCAUAGAACUGUGAAAUUAGCUUGGGUCCAAUUCUGUACAGAAAAGGAACAUUUAAUCAUUUUUUUAAUUCUGAAAAAAUGUACCCCAUCUAUGGGCUUCUCCAGUAGAUGUGUUGCUUUGCAAGCACUUCAUUCCUGAACUGAUUCCUCCCUCCACGUGCUAAUUGUUUUAUAUGCGCUGUUUUAGGACAUAAACCAAGAGCGCUAGUAGAUAAGCUAUGUUACAUUUUUGUUUGACAAAAUGUCACCAAGAAUAACCAAAAUGUUUUGUUCCUGUUGUCACUUGUUUGAUUUCUGUAUGUAGACAAGGUUUAGUUCUUCUACAAAAUAUUAAUUUAGCUUUAAAGUACUGUAAAUAUAAACUUUAAUGCUAUAUCUAUCAAUGGUGAAAUGCCACUUUUCAUGACAAUUUAUUAAUUUUCAAGCAUGACACAUUUCUAAAAAAACCUAUCCUUGCAUUGAGAAAGUUAGAGAAAAAAAAAACACAAAAACCAAAAAAAAGUUCUUGUUAUAUUUUUGUACUUUAGCUGUCUGCUAGCUUCCCUGUUUGGAAGUAUUUGUUCAGUGGAAAGGAGAUGUGGAGGAAAAGAGGAUAGGGUUUUUAAGAGCAGCCAGUGGAUCUCAAAGUUUGAUAUUUAAAACAACAUUUAACCCACACGUCUCCUUUGCUGGCUGAGGGAUAUACAGAGGGUUAUUCGAAUCACAGUGCAGCAAAGACAUGGCCCAGUUUGAAUGGUAUGGAGAAGUACAUGCUGUCCUUAGCAGGGACAGGAACUUCUCCAGCAAAGCAAGAAACAUUUAGGACAACAACAGGGAAGUGUGAGGAAAGUUUCUGUAAGAAAGCCAAAGCCAUUUGAGUCUGAUUAAUCUUGGUUCAGCACUGUGCAAUGUCAUUUAGAUGUUCGCAAGUUUUCACUCUUUGACCAUGACACUGGUUGAAUUUUACAUUUCCUGGGAUGGAGGCCUUUGAGGUUGCAAUGCUAAUUUGUAUCUUCCUGGCCUUAGUCCUUCCUGACCGUUCACAGCAGCAAACAAUAACUUUUUUCGAUGAAAACCGAGAGAUAAAAUAUCCUGGCCACAAAUUGUUCAGCACGUCCAACCUUUAGAAAUGCAUGACGCCUGAAUGCUUGCCUCUCUGUAGCUUCCUCAGAGGAAAUGCUGCCAUUCUCAGGAAUUUUGAAAUUCAGUCAGUCAUUUAGCGGGCAAAUACAAACAAAACAUCCACCAGGAUAAAUUCAGGUUAGUUCGAAGUGAAAGUACUUCACAGAAAAAUGGAGAUGCCUAGUUUUGGUCUUUCUGUAUCAUGUGAUUGAAAAACAGUGCUAGUGCUACAUAUAUAUAUUUUUACUGAUUUCUGUUCCGUCUAAAAAGGGAGAAAUGGUGCUUUUUUUAAUGAAACUAGAAUGAGGAGUAUCUACUCAUAUAUGAAUUCUUAGUUUUAGUUGUAGCCUAAUGACUUGUGCUCCCCUACCGUCCAUAGCUAUUUUCUUAGUAGUUAUUCAUUUUUGUACAUAGACUAUAAGUUGAUAUGUAUCUUCUAAAUGUUAGAUAUAUGUAUAGAAUACUCUAUCUUAUAUGUUUGAAAACAAAAGCACUUUGUCCAAAAAAGAAAAAAGAAAAAAAAAAAAAGAAAAAGCAUUUUUUUCUUCCAUUUGCUGCUAAAAGGCCUGGUGUGAAUGCUGCAAGUGUACUUGAUAACUACUUGCAAGGAUAGGUCUAUUUCCUGACUUGGCUAGGUCUUUAAACUGGCAGGGAAUAGGUGUACGGCCUGACGAGGGUUAGGUCUACAUGUUUCUGGAGUCACGCAAUGAUUCGAAUGGUGAAUAAACCCGUAUCAUUGCUUGGCUCUGGAAAGCCCCGGGAUAGGUCUAUUUCCUGGUCAGGGAACCGCGUGGAUAGCGUGUUUGUGGUCUUAAAAAAAGAGGGUUUUGAUUCCAGGGCCCCUACUUUGAUCCUGAUGCUGACUCCCCUUGGCGUCAUGAUUCAUUUGCCUUCAGUAGAGGUUUCCUAUGGAAAAUCUGAUUCUGCUUUGGCUUCCUCUUCAGGGUGAUGUACAGUGUAGACACAUUUCUCCAGAGAGCUAUAUUGUUAUCAUUUGUAAACUGAUUUCUACUUGUGACUUAAUGAGGAGGAGGGUUUAGCCUAGGGCGGCCAGGAAUAGCCCGUUUGAAAAUGUUGUCCCGGGCCGCCUUAGGGGAAGUUACUAUAUCACUGUACUGUAUGGCAAGCCAGUUACAAAUGGAGACUCAAUCCGGACACUUAUUGCCUUUUUGAACUUUUACACGCAAACAAAUAAUAUAAAAUGGUGAACAAGUCAGUUGCCAAAGGGUGAGCCCAAGGCUUAUGACAUUGUUCCACCAAUAUACAGUCAACAACAACAACAACAAUAACAACAAACAACAAUAACAACAACAAAACCGUUCAGCCUAAAUGGCUCAAAACAAACCUUGACUGAAGUAUCAGACGUGGUGAAAUAUCUCUGAAAAAUUGCUACAAAUGUUGAAUUGAAAUUUGAACUACUUGUGCUCAGUUGUAUCUUUUGGACAAUAUUUGAAGCAAAUUUUUCAGCAACAAUUUUGCCCAGGUCUGGCCAGGGGUCAACAGUGGAUACAUUGUUGCUGGUUGGCUAGUUUUGUAGUCGCUUAUGAGGCUGAUUUAAGAAAGAGUCCUCACAGGUUUUUACAUUUAACAUGAUAGGUGCAAGCUGUGCAACUUUACAUUCGAAUAAGGAGACUCUGUGGCAUUUUAAAAAGUCAAGAAAACGAGUGAAAAUCCACGCCAGUAAAACUAUUCCUUUUUCUUUUUUGAUUUCUGGUGACAUAAAACCUAUACAGUCAACUAUUAAGCUGAUAAUGUAUCUUUGUGCUAUUCUUGUCCAAUAAAAGCUUACCAUAAAGCUAUUCUUCAGCAAAUCAGGGUAAUAUCGUUCUUCUAUCUGACGUAUGUGAUGACAUAAAAUCAAAAGAAAAUAUAUUUAUGUAUUCCAAUUAUUGUCGCCAUUCUUUACUCUGUACAAAAAUAUGUUGUGUGUCUGGGUGUGUGUGAUGAAUUCUCAAUGUCAAUCAAUAUAGUGCAAUGCUCUUUACAUAAACUGAAAAAAGGCCAACAGUCCCAAUAUUCACAAAGUUUAUCCGCUUUAUCCACAUUGGAAUUGAAACAUACACAACCUUUGACAUUUUCCUCUCACAAAGGAUUUGAUUUCACAUGGUGCUGAUUACUUUUCAUUAUCCAAGUAAUCAUCCAAUAAUUGAAAUAGCAUCUGUAUUUAUAUCCACUCACAAACACAACAGACUUCCCUUCCGAUCUCUUUCAUUGAUUCUAUCCUGUUGGACCAAACAGAGGAACAUUUUCCCUUUGAAUGACAACAAACUGGUGAUUUCUGUUUUAUUGAGCUGUAUGAUUGCUGUUGUUAGGCAAACAAUUGUUUCUUUUGUAAAAGUCAUUUUCCUGGGUUUGAUACCACAGCCUGAAGUCACAGAGGAUCUUUACAUCAUCUGUGAGGUACAACAUUUUCCAUAGAGCUGCAAAAUAAAUGUGCUUAUUUGGGUGAGAUAUAGACAUAUUUUGUUGAUUUAAAUAGUUAGUGGGAUUUCUCAGUAGUGUUAUUAAAAUGCUGGUAUUUAAUCAAGAACAAUCUCCAGAGGAAGUAUUUGGUAAUGCUUUGUCGUUGUUAUCAGUAAUUUAACAAUCAUUUCAAAUAAGAUUUUUGUUAUAGUAUACCAUUAGGGAGAGGAAGAGUAAUUAUAAAUUGAUACACUAGUUCUAGUCAAACAUAGAAAAAAUAUAUAUUUCAAGAUAUAUGGAUACAUACAUACAUGUGGCAUCAUUUUGUUUUAAGCUGCAAUAAUCUAAAUAUAUGUAUUACAAAUCAUUGAACAUCAUUCAGAAACACAACUCCAAAUGAAUUAUUCACAAGAUGUUUACCCGACAACUUUAUACAUCAAAUACAUAAAGAAGAUGUUUCUAAGAACUUUUUAGAAAACAACUUAUUAAAAGAUGAGCGUUACCAAAUAUUCUUGUCUCUCUAAAUUGGGUUUAUGAAAAAUAUUUUUCAAAUUGACCUCACCUGUUGCUGGUUGUGGUGUCAGAUCUCAGAAUUUGGCUUCUGUUUUCAGAUGUUUUCUGCCUUGUUUGGACCCAUUUGGGCUGCUUGUAAAAAGACCUUGUCUUCAGAGGUUGGAUGCUUAAUGCCCUCCACAUUUCCCCUGUGUAAAUUAGAAACAUACAAAAAUGUGACAAAAAAAAAAACUGCGGGAAUAAUGUUUCUGCAUGCCGAUUCCCUGCAAAGCACUUAUAGAAGAUCCUUCAUUGCACUCUUAGUCAAAUUAUUUCAUACUCGCUGCUAUAUAAUGAGCACAAAGAGCAUUAUGUUUUCAUUAAGUGUGUCAAUGACUCGAUAAAAGUAUAAUAUUAACACAUACCCUGUUUUUUUUCACCCUUUUUUUCGACAGUCAAAAGACCAAAAGUGUUACUCACCUUGCACUUGGUUUUUGAAUAUGAUGCCUGCUGAACCAGGUGCCUUAAUCAAAUAUACGAGAACACACAUUUGCUCCUUCUGUCAGUCUGGAGGGGGUUUCCCCUCAGAAACAAGGGGCUGGGUUUCCCAAAACCUAAACUUGAAGUACAGAAAUGAAAUUAAAAUUUAAUUUCAACACAAAAUCAAAACAUUUUGUAUAAAAGAAUCAGCCUUUAACAGUGAAUAAGCUUUUUAUCAUGUCUGUAUAUGAUUUCCCGUUAGUAUUACUGAAGAAGAGCGUAAAUGUGAACUAAAUUCAUGUUUUGGGAAACCUGGUUCCAGUUUCAACUCUUUCUCUGCCCACUACGCCACGUUGUUGUGUUUUCUGUAUUGGCUGCUGCUGCUAUCACCGCUGGUGUGUCCGUUUAGAGAAGAGUACAUUUCCACUGUGUCAGAAGCAGAGGGAGACUUGGGCCUGCUUUAAUUAGUCGAUUGCAAUGCAUUCUUCUUCUGUGGUUUUGACAUGGAGCACCGUGUUGCUGCCUCUUGAGAUCUUUUUUGAGAUAAACUAAACAAAAAAACAGCAUAAAAUAGACCUUUCCGUUUCUUAACUUUGCUAUAAUGAAGUGCCAGACCCUCCUUGAAGCCAGUGUUGGCACUGAGUCGCAGGGUGCGAAUGAAGCGACAAACUGAGCAUAGAGGUAAACUGUGGUGCUAAUCUGUCAGUGGCUGGGUGCUAACAUGGCUGUGUAAAAAAGCUGUUUUAGCCAUAUUAUUCCUACUGUCGAUGACUCUUGUCAGUCUUGUGUUUCUGACUGCUGUAUGCUGACAUAGCGAGGUAUAACUUUGCUGCUGCUGCUGCUUUGCUGAUGAAUGUAGACUAGUCUUCCUCAGCAGGAUCAUACAGACAGACGUGUCUGGUGGAGCUUUUCCUGUUGUGCGACUUCCUUAGACUUUUGUUUUGAACACAGGGGGAGACUCUUGUUGUCCGGAUCCAGAAGGAUCAUGAAUGUUGUAUCUUUAUAUGGCCGCUGUCCUGCUUUUAUGUUUAUACCUAUUUUUUUAUAUUCAUAUUUUGGUUUGAUAUUUAUGCUGUGACUUUGUCAAAUGUUGCACGAUUGAAAUUAGAUUUUUCCUAAACUUUAUUUUGUUGCCUUUUUUCCCUUAUUCCAGUGUUCAUACCAUUUCUUUGAUAUUUAUUUGUUUCAUCCUGUAAAUUAACAUGUAAGGAGACAUUUGUAAGACUCAUUAGCUUUUCCACUGAAGCAGGCUUUACCAGGUGUCACAGACUUCACAUGAGGUUCACAGGCGUGUCUCAAAAUCACAAUGAAACGUACUUUUCUAUAAUUGCCUUUAUACAUAUAACUACAUAAUGUAUUUUUUUUAUGUUUUAUUACAUCAAAAAAAUGUAUCUUAUAAAAUGUACACAAUAUAUCAGUUAUAGUAUCUCAUGUACCAUAGAUACGAUUUUGUAAAAUGUCCAACUUUCGUAAGAUAUGCAAGCAUCAUAAGGAUGAUCAAUAUUUAGUGCUUGAUUAGACAGUAAGGAGUGCAUCAAUACAUAGGUCACUUUGUAAAAUAGAUGGCAAUAUUAUAAAGACAUAUAAAUCUGAUUAUCAGUUUGAAUAUAUAAAUAAAGCAACAGAUAUAUUGGGAUGGAUAGAUAAAUACCUAAAAAAGGACCAUAUUUGCAAAUCAACUUUAACAAACGUCUUGUACACACAAACAGAAAGAGAUGUAAUCAUUCCCUUAAUGAUUGUGUUGGAGUUGCAUACAAAGUCUGAGAUCAAUUUGUAACAAAUAAGUAACAACACAACUACAGAUUUGUCCAUUAAAAACAUGAUUUACAGUGACUCUUAAGGAACAUUUGAUUGGUAUUAUUACAUAAAAAUAGAACAGAUAGUGACUAUUCUUUCUUUAACAUUAUGUUCUGUCCUCAUGUUAAUAUAAAAGUAACAAGGUGCAGUUUCAUUGUGACUUUGAGUAGUGGUCUGUGAAGCCUAUGAAGCGUUCUGUCAUUGAAGGUUUGAGGCAGUCAGACGAGCGUUAAAGCCUGGAAAAAGACUCAUGGACUCAGCAAAGAGAACCUCUCCUUGACACAACUCUUCUUUGGUCACGACUCUAAGCCGAGGUCUGGUGCUCCACAGGUCAGGAGUUGCCCCUCUCUAACGCUGAGGGGGAAAUUUGAACAUUCAAUCAGUUUCUGGGAAAACUCACCACUGCGCCAGAGAUGUUUUGUCUCCUUCUGGGUGCUUAAUUUUUUUCAGAAGGGCUUUGGUUCGCAGCUGUCUUGUCAGGGAGCUUCUGAAAUAAGAUAGGGGCCACUAAAGGCUGGUGGGCAGAGACCCCUCAACCUCCCCUGCAAUGAAUGCUGGGGGGGUGGAGUCAUUUCCUCUUCUGCAGACUGAUCUUUUUUGACGCAAACAACCCAACCUUAAUAAAAAUAAAAAACAAAACCCCUCUUUCCGUAUCUACACGCGUCAUUAUCUAACACUGCAGUGAUUUACAUCUCCUUCCAGAUUUGCCAAAAUGCAUGGAGCGAGACACAUUUAAUGAGCAGAAAAUGUAAAAGUAUAUAUUUUGUUUCUUUUUUUUUUUUCUAUGUUGAUAAUAAAAACAGACAGAAAGAUGAUUUUAUGGGAAAUCCAUACAAGCCCAAACAUGUAGAGGAUGUGGGAAGUAUUAGUCAUCAUGAGCUCUACAGCUACAUGCUAUUGUUAUGAUGCUUCUGGUCUUGUAUGGUAACUUAUAUGACUAGAUCAACAGCAUGGGAUCUUUCUGUAGUUAGUCCUGUGUGUGUUCCUCUCCCCAGUCUCGGUAGGAGGGCUGUACUUCAUUACUGAGUGCUCUAUAAUAGAUCUCUUGGUGAUUAUAAUUUCAUAAAGAAGCAACUUGCAGAAAGUGUAUCCUGCUGAAACUAACUUGAUCCUUUCUUUAGCAAUGACGUCUAUAUUUGUAUUCCACAUAUAUGCCUGUUCAAAUACAAUAUCUUGACAGUUGUUAUAUUUAUGUUGUGUAAUAAGUGUUGUGUUGGAUUUAACUUUUGUUUUAUCUAAGUGUUUCUUUUUGUUUUACAUUGUCUUUCUAUAUUGGAGGCACAGUGGGUGGGCUUUAUGCACAGUCUUGGAAAUGUUAAAGCUGUUUUAUUUGGUUUGUACUGUAACAACUCAUUCUGUUUCAGAGCUUCUGACAAUAUUUGUCGCUGGUUGCUUGACAUCCUGCAGCACCUGCCCUGAAUAUCUGUUGUGUUAUUGUGCCUCUCUCUUUUUAUUUCUUAUUUUUUAAAACAUUCUUUCUCUGUUGUAUCAGCCAGGAGUUGAUACCACAGCUCUGCUUGUAACCACAAUAGUCUGAUUAUGUUCAUUGAUUUUAAUAUCAAACAAUAAAACCAUUAGCAACCCA